CCCGUGCGUCAAACUUGAACAAAAUAAGCUUGGUUUCACAUGCAAAAUAACUGUUAAGAGUAAAAACGCGAGCUGAUGGCAGCGAUGCAAACCGUCCAGCCACACUGACUCAGUCUUGCAUACAAAAUGGAGGACAGGACUGUCAUCAGAUAAUUGGAGCUGCAGCCUCCAAGUUGCUGAAGACUUGAGAAACCCAGGCCAGUCAUAGAAGAUGUGAAUUUGCUGAAUGAAGAAUGAGAAUCUUGAGUUACUGCGUCACUGCAGAGGACUGACCCGCACCAUAAUUUCCGACAUAACCUUUCAGUCUCAUUCUGCUCCUCUGCCUCGCACAUCUUUAUCCAGCCGCGCUGCUGUCCAUCCCAGGCAGGGUGGACCCGUCCCUCUCCCCAGGCCUCGCGCCCUCUCAUCGGCAGGCCCGCUCUGGCAGUGUGUUGGUGUACGAUGGCGCGAUGGGACGCUAAGGGCUGCCGCGGGGGACUGUGAUGUCAGUGCCCAACAGCCCGGGCGAGAGCCGGCGUGGCGCUCCUAGAUUCUUCGUGGGCUGCGAGGACGAUGAGAGCGAGGUCCUGGAAGAUAUCAUGAGGACAGACAUGGAGCUCUAUGAAGACGACGAAGACACAGACUCGCCCCCGGAACGAGAGAUCGUGGUGGGGAUCUGCUGCAUGAUGAAGAAGUCCAAGUCUAAGCCAAUGACCCAGAUCCUGGAGAGGCUCUGCAAGUUUGAGUACAUCACUGUGGUCAUCUUCCCAGAGGACGCCAUCCUCAACGAGCCGGUCGACAAAUGGCCUCUGUGUGACUGCCUCAUCUCCUUCCACUCCAAGGGAUUCCCCCUGGAUAAGGCAGUGAGCUACGCCAAACUGAGAAACCCUCUGCUCCUCAAUGACCUGAACAUGCAGUACUACAUACAGGACAGGAGAGAGGUGUAUCGCAUCCUGCAGGAAGAAGGGAUUGAUCUACCACGCUAUGCUGUGCUGAACCGCGACCCAGAUAAACCAGACGAGUGUAACCUGGUGGAAGGAGAGGACCAUGUGGAGGUGAACGGAGAGAUAUUCCAGAAGCCUUUUGUUGAGAAGCCUGUCUGCGCUGAAGACCACAACGUCUACAUCUACUACCCCACCUCAGCUGGUGGUGGCAGCCAGCGACUCUUCAGAAAGAUUGGGAGUCGGAGCAGUGUGUACUCGCCAGAGAGCAGCGUGAGGAAGACGGGCUCUUACAUCUAUGAAGAGUUCAUGCCAACAGAUGGCACAGAUGUCAAGGUGUACACUGUGGGGCCUGACUAUGCUCAUGCUGAGGCCCGGAAGUCCCCUGCUCUGGACGGAAAGGUGGAGAGAGACAGCGAGGGCAAGGAGGUCCGCUACCCCGUCAUGCUCUCUGCCAUGGAGAAACUGGUGGCCCGUAAAGUCUGCCUAGCAUUCAAGCAAACUGUGUGUGGCUUCGAUCUUCUCAGAGCCAACGGACACUCCUAUGUUUGUGAUGUCAAUGGUUUCAGUUUUGUGAAGAACUCAAUGAAGUACUAUGACGACUGUGCCAAGAUCCUCGGGAACAUCGUGAUGCGUGAGCUUGCUCCCCAGUUUCAGAUUCCUUGGUCCAUCCCAACUGAAGCAGAGGACAUCCCCAUUGUUCCCACUACAUCAGGGACCAUGAUGGAGCUUCGCUGUGUCAUCGCUGUCAUCCGACAUGGUGACAGAACGCCCAAACAAAAGAUGAAGAUGGAAGUUCGCAACCCCAUGUUCUUUGAUCUAUUUGAAAAAUAUGGAGGAUACAAAACGGGGAAAUUAAAGCUGAAGAAGCCCAAACAACUGCAGGAGGUGCUGGACAUCACACGGCAGUUGUUAGCAGAACUGGGACAGCACAAUGACUGCGAGAUAGAAGAGAAGAAGUCCAAACUAGAGCAACUGAAGACCGUUCUGGAAAUGUACGGACACUUCUCGGGGAUCAACAGAAAAGUGCAACUAACUUACCUGCCCCAUGGGCAGCCCAAAACCUCAAGUGAGGAAGAAGACACACGUAAAGAAGGUCCGUCUCUGCUGCUGGUGCUGAAAUGGGGAGGAGAGCUGACUCCUGCUGGCAGAGUUCAGGCCGAGGAGCUGGGAAGGGCCUUCCGCUGUAUGUACCCCGGGGGUCAAGGAGACUAUGCUGGAUUUCCAGGCUGUGGGUUACUGCGGUUACACAGCACCUACAGACACGACCUGAAGAUAUAUGCAUCUGACGAAGGCAGGGUGCAGAUGACGGCCGCAGCUUUCGCAAAGGGUUUGCUGGCUCUGGAGGGUGAGCUGACACCCAUCCUGGUGCAGAUGGUGAAGAGCGCCAACAUGAACGGGCUGCUGGACAACGACAGCGACUCGCUGAGCAGCUGCCAGCACCGUGUCAAGGCCCGACUCCACGAGAUCCUGCAGAGGGACAGGGACUUCACUGACGAGGACUUUGACAGGCUGGCCCCGACCUGUAGUGCCUCUUUGGUGAACUCAAUGAAGAUAGUUGAGAACCCAGUGGCCACAUGUGACCAGGUCUACGCCCUUAUUCAGAGCCUUACCUCCCAGAUCCGCAAAAGGAUGGAGGACCCCAAGUCAGCUGACCUGCAGCUGUACCACAGUGAGACACUGGAGCUCAUGCUGCAGCGCUGGUCCAAACUUGAGAGAGACUUCCGCAUGAAGAACGGCCGCUACGACAUUAGUAAAAUACCUGACAUUUAUGACUGUGUGAAGUACGAUGUGAUCCACAAUGCUACUCUGGGCCUGGAGGACACUCUGGAGCUGUUCAGACUGUCUCGAGCCUUGGCUGACAUCGUAAUCCCACAGGAAUAUGGCAUAAAUAGAGUAGAGAAAUUGGACAUAGCAUACGCCCACUGCCUCCCACUGGUCCGAAAGAUCCAGCUUGACCUACAGAGGACCCACGAGGACGAGUCUGUCAACAAACUGCACCCUCUGUACUCUCGCGGAGUGAUGUCCCCUGGGCGCCAUGUCAGGACACGCUUAUAUUUCACCAGUGAGAGUCACGUCCACUCCCUGCUCAGCAUUUUCCGCUAUGGAGGCUUGCUCAAUGAGGAGAAGGACCAGCAGUGGAAGCGUGCCAUGGAUUACCUCAGUGCUGUCUCUGAACUCAAUUACAUGACUCAGAUUGUCAUUAUGCUCUAUGAAGACAACAAUAAGGACAUCUCCUCAGAGGAACGCUUCCACGUGGAGCUUCACUUCAGCCCCGGUGUCAAAGGCGUCGAGGAGGAGGAGAACGCACCAACCGGCUUUGGCUUCAGGCCCGCUUCUGCAGAGGUAGCCCGCCAGAACGGGCAGAAACAGACCGACCCCGGCAGCCUGGAGGACCUCUCACGAGACGAGACCGACCGUGCCGUGCCGUUGUCUGAGCCAAUCACCAUUCAGAGGCGGUCCCCACUCAUACGCAAUCAUAAGACUGGAUCCAUGGAGGUUCUGUCAGAGACUUCAUCCUCCAAAGUAGGCAGUUAUCGCCUCUUUUCGUUAUGCUCACGUCAAUCUCCCGAGAUGAAACAAAGUGGUUUAGGCUCUCAGUGUGCCGGGCUCUUCAGCACCACAGUCCUAGGUGGGUCCUCUAGCGCCCCUAACCUGCAGGACUACGCACGUGCACAUCGCAAAAAAUUCUCCACCGGCAGUCUGUCCUACAAAGACGGAACACAAGAUGACACAUCCACCAUAGCAGUGGCUCCACCUCUGGAGUGCACUGCAACAGAGCCCCUGGAGGAGCACCGUGUGGCCCAGUUCUUGAGGCAUUUCUCCGUCGACCUCAGCCUGGGCCGCAGCCUCUCUCUGGACUGGGCGCUGGCCCACCACCUCCACCAGUGCUCCUACCACCUCCGCCUCUUCCGAAACUGGCUCAUCUCCGGUCAAGACCCCCUAGAGUACUUCGACGGCUUCGAAGGCUGCUCCAUGGUGCCCUCCAUCUAUCCUCUGGAAACGCUGCACAACUCGCUGUCGCUGAAACAGGUCAGCGAGUUCCUCACCGGUGUGUGCGAGAGCGCAGGGGAUCCUCACACAAGGACCACCAGAGUCCUGUCCGCCAUGUUUGACACACACAACCAGCCGUCAGUGGACUCAUACAUCCCUCAGAAAGUUCUCACUUCCUCCAUCAGAUCUCGUUCUGACAGACCCCCUUGGUACAGCAGCGGUCCAUCCAGCACUGUAUCAAGCGCUGGACCGUCUUCUCCCACUACAGCUGACACUUCCCCACGCUUCAGCUUCAGCGAUAAGAUCUGCCUCACCCCUCAGAGCAGCGAGGAAACUCACUCCUCUCAAAACACUUCCACUCAGCCAGGGCCCGCCGUCGGGUCACAAGGCCUCGACCCAACUUCCUCUGCUCUCUCGAGCCUCGCCGAAGUCCCUCUGACACCAAGAAACUCGCCAGAGGAUGACGCCGAGCUCUGCGAUGUUACCGGUUGCCAGCCUGAUGACCCCGAACACACACCGAAAGGGCCAGAGGGGGCCCCUGCUGCCCAAGAUGCCUCCUUCGUAGCAAUUUCAGAUCCUGGCCUGAGAACGCCUUGCUCUGCGUUGGCGGAGCUCACUCUGGCUCGGAUGGAGAGUUACUGCCUCCCAAGCUCUCUGCCGGUGCUGCUGGAGCUCAGAGAGAGCAGCAGCGAGGCAGGCUCCAGCUCCCAGACGCCCCAGUCUCCGGAGGGACCCGACGAGUUCUUUGACACUCAGGAGUCAAUGGAGUUGUGGAUGGACAGUCCAGAAAGCCUCUCGCAUCCCGAGACGCAUCUAGAAGUCGGAGCCACUCACACAGCAGAGCCGUAGAACGCUGAAUCGUCAGAACAACAAAUCUGUCCGAAAAUCAUCCUUGUUGUUGAGCAUGAGCAGUGAGGCUCAGUACUGUGUUACAGCCGACCGGGCCUCCCAACUCCUCUAGCUUGAUGACUACUGUGUUUUAAGUAGUAAUGGAUGGACAGCUGAUUUUCACACUAGGCUCUGUGUUGGAGAAUUAUUUUAAAAACACAUUGAGGACUCGCCAGUGACACCACUGUGCCACUUUUGACAGCCCAAUGGUUCAGUUCAUCUGUCUGUGAAGCCUCUUGUUUCAUUGUCAAGCUCUCUGUUACUGUGGGUUAUAUGCUGUUGCACGAGCCCCUUCCUUAAAGCUGCAUUAACUGAUUUAUGGCUAGGGGGCGGAAACACCCAAAGACCUACAGCCUUGAUAUGCUAGCACCUUAUAAAGCUGAGAGUGAAGGUGUUGCACAUCUGGCAGACGCAGAACAAAGUCAUCAUCCCAUUGGAGUUAUGUUUGUCUUCAAUUAACAAAUUGAAGUCCAAUAUUCACUCUCCUUUUAGUUCUGGUUUGCUCUCCACCAAGCUGUCUGCCGUGUUGUGCGGGGCAGACACUGUAGUGUACAGUGGGUUGAUCAGGAGUUUAGAGAGAGCGUUGAGUCUUAAAGGGAUAGUCUGGAUCUUUUGAAGUGUGGCUGUAUGAGCUACUUUUCCAUAGUCCGUGUAUUACCUACAGUAGAUGAUGCCCCCGGUUUGUUUUGCCUCACAGAACACAGGAGUUGUUGGUCUACCGCUGCCUCCAUCAGUUAGUUUGUGUUGUUGCGUGACUUUGGUGUUUUAAGUUAUUAGUUCAGAUUCACAAAGUCACACAAACUAACUGAUGGAGGCAGUGAUAGAGCAGCAACUCCCAUGUUCUGCAAUAUAAAAUGACUGUUCUUGUCAAAGGAGUCUUGUGGCUUUGAAGAGAGAAUAUAUAAUGGCUUCUGUUCCCACUGUGUAUACUUAACCUGACAUUUUUCCUUUCUUUUUUUUAGGUGGCUUAAGUAGGUUUUGCUGCUUCCACCAAUCAACAGCAGUGCAUUGCUUAGCUUCUAUGUCGGGACACUGAUGUAUGCUUAAAUACCUCAAACCUCAAGGGCUGGGCGAUAUGGAGAAAAUCAGAUAUCGCGAUAUUCUUGUCCUAAUACCUCAAUAACAAGAUUGUGGCGAUAUUAUAGGGUUGAGAAUUGGUGCUUUAACAAAAUAUCUUCACAAUGACAUUCUUCAGUAAUGAAGAUAGUAUCACUAAGUUGUUGAAGGUAAAAAUAAUAGAAGCGCUAAAACAGUCUGGUAACACAGAAAGUGACAACACUUUACUGUAAUGAAGCCUGUAAAACCGGGAAAAGGCAACACUUAAGCCAUUUACGAUAUUACAAUAUCCAAAUUUUAAGACAAUAUCUAGUCUCAUAUCACGAUAUGAAUAUAAUAUCGAUAUAUUGCCCAGCCCUACCUCAAACGACGCCACCUCAAAACACCCAAACUAUCCCUUAACUGUAGAGGAGCUGUGCUGUAGAACUAAAGCACUGAGCUAAAGGAGGCUAUGUCAAAAAGGCUUAUCCCGUUUCAUGUGUUCAAUUGAUUCAUUGUGACCAUUAAGAUGGUAAUUAAUUGGGCUUUAAGUUGUUAAAUCUGUCUCGCAUCUUUCUUACCUUCAGCCUUAACCCUUUGAACAGCUAUAGUAGAGAAGUUCUCCCAUUUCCUAACUUCCAGUACGUUCAUCAUCCAAUUUUCUGUGUUACAAUAGGCUCAUAGACUCACUUGUUUUUUUUAUCAGUAACAGGAAAUGACUCGCAGUACAAGACAGAUAAAAAACACAAUCUGUGGCCCUUUGUCGUCCGCCAGCGCCCGUCCUGGGCUGAGCUCCUGGUCUGAGCUCCUGUGGCGUUACAUGUUUAGGACCUGCAUCACCCGCUGUGAUGUGCAUCUUCAUUACUGCCAGUAAAAUAGAAUCAAACGUUCAGUUUCCAGGUCAAACUGUGUGUGCACUGCGUACUGCCAAAGUCCUUAAGCAUCAUUAAAGAUUUAAUAUAAUUAGAUAUGAAUUGAUUGAGAAAGAAAAUAUUUAUUUUGAAAUUGCAACUUUAAAAAAAAAAGUCUGGUAUUUUUGAUAACCAUAUCAGAUAUUUAAAUGUACUAUAUAGCUAAUGUAUAUUUCUUUUGUAGAAUCACCUCAUGAUGUGGGACAAUCUGAAAGCUUAUCUCUCAUAUAACACUGAACAAACAGGAGGAGCAUUUUACAUAUAAUGUGCUUUGAUUGUGGCAAGCAGUUAUGUAGCAGAUCUGUAUGUGUGUUUGGGGGGGGGGGGGGGGGGGGCGGUGCACACAUGCUUGAGAAACAAUUCAGGUAGAUGAGUAUGCACGCUUUUGUGUUUAAUCAUUGGGAUUUCAUGUUACAUUUCAAUGUACUGUAGAGGUGAAAAACACAACUGUGAGUUAGUGAGACUCAUCCCGUCUGUGUGUGUACAGAUUACCGCUCUGUUUUGCUUUUGUGUUGCUGUUUGCUUAAAGGGUCAGUUCACUCAAAUUACAAGAAAAAAAAAAAGUCUAAAAUAUUUCCUCACUUGAGCUAAAGUGAGAGUAUGUUAGGCUAUCUAGCUGUGCAGAUAGUUUGGGUUUUAUUUCUUCUGGUUGUGACAUUUCUGUUUCUAAUUGUGAUGCUCAAAAUUUCUAAAAUGUAUGUAAUGUAUAUAUUUUAUUUUUAUUUAUUUUUUAACUCUCCCCAUCACUCUGGAUCCUUCACUCCUCACUGUUGUCUUUGGAACUGCUGCAAUCUAUACAGUACUUAAACAGCAACUUAAUAUCAAUAAGUGCAUUUCCAACUUCAAACUCCAAGUUUUUUGUGUGUUUUUAAUUAGCAUAGGCAGAAGUUAAUGUUGCAAAAAGUAGAAAACUCUAGAAAUUUUAAAAGUCAAAAUACCACAAGUUUUAAUGCUUGGCUGAGGUGGAGAAGAGUGUGUAUCGAUAAAAACGAAAUGUGACCAAGCGCAAUGGAAACAGAUGAAUAUAUCAUGACGUACAUGAUACAGGAAACGGACAUAAACGUGAAAUUUCUAUCGUGUUUUCCAUAAUUUGAGGUUUGACUGACGCUCUUAAUUUAAUCAUCUUACUGGGUUAACAGCACCCAACUGGACAAUUGGCAACUGUUUAUCUUGAUGUGCUCAACUUCUAAUAUUUUCAUUAUUCACAUAUUAUUUAGCAGAUUUUCUGGAAAUUCUGUUAAAGGUUCUAUGACAUGGUGCUCUUUGGAUGCUUUUAUAUAGACCUUAGUGGUCCCCUAAUACUGUAUCUGAAGUCUCUUUUAUAUAGACCUUAGUGGUCCCCUAAUACUGUAUCUGAAGUCUCUUUUAUAUAGACCUUAGUGGUCCCUUAAUACUGUAUGUAUGGGGGUGGGGCCUUUACCAACUGUCAUGCGUCACUUGUUUUCAAGCCAUGAUGUCUCUUUUUAUCAUGAGUGGGCCAAAUUCUCAUGGGCAGGCAAAGCAGAGAAAGUAAUCAUGGGUGUAUUAAGAAAAAACGGAUACCAAGAUAUGGAUAUUCAAGAUUGCAGACCCAUACUUUUUUUUUUUUUGUAGUGAUGCUGAAUGGUCGCAUACUCAUAGUCCUCUGGCUGAGCAGGUUAAAAGCAUGCAUGUUGGCUCUCUGCACACAUGAAUGGGAUAAAAUAACGUAUUGAUUCUGCUCUUAAGGACUUUCCAAAUGCUUUUGGAUGGGAUGAGUCUGGUUCAUUUUGGAGUGUUUAUAGUGCUCAGGAACAAACGUAAUCAUUUGACAGCUUUUCCUUUUGUAAUGAUUGUGUUUGUGGACAGUCCUUGGGCCUUUUAUCUUAAAGCUUUGAGCAUCACAAACCAGAGGGUCAGAAUGGAGGCAGAGAUAUCGGAGACAGAUGAAUCAAACCCGAAACAAAUGAAACUAUAGGGGAUACAAUCUAAUUUGGGUGAACUGACUCUUUAAGACCUGCUCAGAAAUCCAUGUUUUAAUCUUCUAGGAGGAAUCGUCUGAUGGACUGUGUAGUGAACCAAUCCAUAUGUCCCCGCGGAGCGCUUUGUGAACCUGUUAGAUAAUAAGCUUGGAUUUAGAUGCACAAAGGGGGUUUUCCUCAGAUCUGUACUGAGCAACUUCACGAACAGUUUCUGUCUGUUGUUCUGGAGACAAUUCCCCUUCUGUGUGAAGUUAAAUAAUUUGGUUUUAGAAAGAGCGUUAUAUGAAACAUCUACAAUGAUCUGUAAUACUUCUGACAAUGUUACAAAAUACAGCUAUUGGAAAAUAAUUUCCA